GUGAUGCGCUCGGGAGGCGCCGCCGCGGCUGCUCUGCCGAGCGGCGCCGGGCCCGGCCGGGGCGCAGGCACGGUCGAAGCCCGGGUGCGGAUGGACACGGGCACUUGGCCCCGAGCUGUGGGCUUUGCAUUGCCCCCCUGCACCGGGAGAAGCUCUGCAGCAGGAGCCGGCGCACGGGAGGUGACCGGGCUCCACCUGGGUGCCGCGGCCAGGCCCGGAGGCAGCGUCUUCUCCGUGACCACGGGACUCGUUAGGCUCCUCUCCAUCAGCCCGGCGUACGCGGAGAGUUCACGCACGGGCCUGGCUGCUGGUGACCUUUAGCUCUCCCCAGUUUACAACUGUCCUUCAGAGAAGCAACAUUCAUCCGGAGCCGUUCAGACUUCCCGGCUGUUUAGCAAGUCCAGCCUCUGCAGAGCCGCCGGUCGCUCGUCUGGAGGUGCUUCACAGACCCUCAGGUAGCAGCAGCUUGUGUGUGUGCACCCCCUUUGCAAGAUGAAACAUGUAGCAUCGUCACCGCUGUGCAAGUUUUCAGGUGUCCUGCUGCGUUAUGUAAGCAAGGUGAGACUGCCCGCUGCGAUCUGCAGGCGUGCGUGUCCUCCGUCCCCUCUCCCGGCCAAAACGGUGCUUACGCCAGCCCCGUGAGCCCGGGAGCAGCCCCCCGGAGAUGCUCUCGCUGGAGCUCGGAGCAGCAGCUGACCUGGGUCCACACCUGGAGAUGCUCUCGCUGGAGCUCGGAGCAGCAGCUGACCUGCACCCGGCCGGCGGGGCAUGUUUCAGGGCACCGGAGCGGCUGUGAAGGAGCCCUCGCCUGCGGAGGGGGGGCCCCUCGCGCAGAUGAGCGACAAAGUGAUGAACGGGCGGGUGCCGCUGCCUGAGAAGGCCUUGUCGGAGGGCUUCGCGCGGCUGCGGUACAGGGACACUUCGCUGCUCAUCUGGCAGCAGCAGCAGCAGAAGCUGGAGUCGGCCCCUCCGAACACCUACCUGAGCCGGAGCCGGAGCAUGUGGUACUCGCAGUACGGCAACGAAGCCAUCCUGGUUCGGGACAAAAACAAGCUGGAUGUCUCCAGGGACACGGGGCAAUCCAAGUUUUGUGCUAUUAUGUAAUUUCAGUGGCUUUGCGUCAGCCAUCCGCGCGUGGAGACAAACCAGGCUUGCAUCGAGGUGGAAGAGUUUGCGCCGUCCUAGCUGUAGGCCUGUGGCUAAAGCAGCGCGUGUAGGAUAGGUCAGAGGCUGUCUGAAGUUUGCGUUUAUUUUUGCUGUUGGUAGCAUCAGGUUUUGCGUGACGCUGAGCGUGUGUAAUGAGAACAGUCUCGCUCAGGAAUUCACGGGACGGUGCUCGCUGCCUGUCGUCACCGGCGGGGUCCGUGCCGGAGCAUGUGUUGCUCCUAAGUGGCUUGUGUGGCAUGAAUAACACAUGCUGUCAUUUGGGAACCAUCCCCAGCAGCCACUUUCGCUUGCUAGUCCUCGUGCAUUGCCGUAGCUCUGCAAAUGCUGGUUGGGGACGAGCAAGUCCAGGCUGGUUUCACUGGAAGACAGAUUUUAGGAAGGUUGUCCGCAAAAAUACACAGCCGUUAGUUGUUCUGCUUGCUGCGUCUCCCUUUACUUACUUACCUGGAAAUGAUCUGUUAUGACCCGGUUAUGAAGUGAAAAGAUCUAUCUUGCAAAGGGAAGAGGGAAGAAUGCAAUGGUAAUUUCAUCUGAGCCUUCAAAAUAUCUGGCAGGAGAAGCGUACAAGUUUUGUCCUGUGCAGAGCAAAAUGUCCUUUCUGAUGCCACAGUGUGGAAUUUCGGAAAUAGCAGUAAAGGACCUGAUUUUACGGAGUCAGCGGAGCCAACGCCGUUCACACGAGCGGAUCCCAGCCCCAUGAGGGCUUGCACAAGUCACAGGUGACGCUUCAGGAAUGAACCCCUGAAAGGGAGGGACAGGCCUAGGAGAGCAACAGGGGAAAGCUACUGUAGACACACACAUCUCCCGCUAAGGGACGUAAGGAAACGUAUAAAUAGUUACAUACCUGCUGUCAGAGAUCAGUUACAGAAGAAAACAGUCUAUCAAAGUUUGCUUAGUGUUUAAGUCUUAAUGUAUGCAGUAGCUUGGAAGGAUUUCUUAGUUCUGGUUGGGUAACACCUCUCGUUUUAGUACAUUUGGCACAUAUAUUUUUAAAAUUGUGUCUGGGAAUGUUUGUUUCAACUAACUGAAGGAUUUUAGGGUGGAAAAAAAUACUACAAUUUUACCUUUUGGGAAAGAAAACUGCUCUAUUAGAGCUGAAACCCUGAUUUUCUCCAGGAAAGAUCAAAUCCUGAAGAGCUCAUGUCAAAUUCCAGCUCAAUCCAGCAAGCACCUAAGUAUUUCCUGAAGACACAGCAGCACUGCUUUCAGGGCAUUAAUUACGUGCCUAGAUUUAAGCAUUUAAGUAUAAUAUUGGGCUGGAGUCACAGAUACCUGUCUGCGUCUAUGCUUAACUUCAAGCAAGUCAGGUUUUGAUGUUGACCUCAGUAUGGAUUAGUCACCUGUCUAAAAUUAGGCACAGUCAUUACUUCUGUCUGUUAUAUUGAUCUAAAACCUCUCCCUUUAAACUUUUUUCAAGCACUUUAUUUUUGGGGGUGGGGGGGAUACGGUGACGAGGAAUCUCCUCCACCUCUCCACUUUAUGGGUUAAAUGCUAAAACUGAGGAGCACUGAAGUGAGCUGAUCUCGACACGCUGAGUAGAGCAGAGCUGCUCUACUGCGAGAGCCCAGCGGCUUUGUGUGCUCGGCACUGACAUUAGCACGUGUGUUCACUGCAAACCAUGGGCAGCUCAUUUUUUAGUGUAAUUAUUUAUGCAUGUGUUGAUGUUUGGUACUUUAAUUGGCGUGCUCAUAAAGCUCAACCUGCUGAGAUGGACGUCAGCACCGCAUGGAUCUGUGCAUCGCACUGCACACCUGAAUAGUCCUCUUGGUCUUGCCAGGACUAGCUCCGGCUGAGAAAUAUUUUGGGGAAAAUGCGCGUUUCAGAUGGGGAAAAAGCGUUUAAUGGGAUUCAUAAAGCUAGCGAGAUUCAGAGAUCUGCCCGCAGCGGUGGCCGUGACUCCCGUACCGAGCACGCUGCUGAAGGCAGAGCAUCGCCCGGCACGUGCCACCCACCCCGGGGCUCCCGCUCGUGGCUGAGCAAAGGGGUUGUGGUUUAUAGGGCUGGGCCGGAGGCUGGUCCAAGCUCCCCGGGAUGCUGCGGGCAGGAGAAGCGGGGUCAGGUCCUCUCCUGCGGCCCGGGGCAGAGUGCUACCGCUGAGGUUAGGGAGCUGGGGAGAAGAGCAGCCUUUCCCCAAAGCCAGCUGCUCCUUUUCUUUACUUUUCUUAUAGAAAAGACAUUUUAAUUUUCUUUAUUUCAGUAAGAAAGUUGAUGACUGUGGUAUAAUCAGUCCCUUUUUGUUUACGUGGCUGGUAAACCAAAACUCAUUUAUUUAAACGACAUUAAUUAGGACUAUUCAAGAGUAAGAACUUGAGUCUGUGCAUAUGUUCUUCCAACCUUGAGGCGCUGCAGGACAGAACAGGAAGAGCAGGGCUUGUUCUUCCCUCUUGCUAUCUGCAAGUAUUAUUUUCCGUGUCUGUGUGUCCUCAUUAGUCCCAGCAGGUUUGUGGAGCGGCUGCUAUGGCAUGAGCAUUUCUGUAAGCCAGUUCUGUAGUGCUGAUGCACUUGUUUUACAUGCAAUUGUAGCCUCUUUGGUAAAGUAAAUUAAAAUGAUUUGAAUGCA